AUGGAAGUAUUUGUAUUCGGUUGGCGGAUUAUUGUUGGUUCAAUUAUCGGGUUUUUGGGAGGUGCACUUGGGAGUAUAGGAGGAGGUGGCGGGGGUGGAAUUUUUGUUCCCAUGCUUAUCUUUAUCAUAGGAUUUGAUCAUGGAUCGUCCGCUCCAAUAUCAAAAUGCAUGGUGGCAGGUGCAGCUGUAACAACCGUAUACUACAACCUCAAGCGAAGGCAUCCAACCCUUGAAAUGCCAGUUAUGGAUUACAACUUGGCACUUCUCAUCCAGCCAAUGCUCAUGCUUGGGAUCAGUAUAGGAGUUUCUUUACGCUUGGUUUUUCCUGACUGGAUAGUCACAAUUCUUCUAGUUAUUCUUGUUAUAGGCCCAUUAACCAUGGCGAUCUUAAAAGGUAUACCAAUAUGGAAAAAGGAAACCAUCUUAAAGAAGGACGUUGUCAAGUGUUUGGAGUAUGGUACUGUUGGCGAAGAAUCGGGCAACAAACCCGUAUCAAGCAGUUCAAGUGGUGGCACUCCGAUGAAGACAAAUUCAGUGGUUCCUAUCUUUGAGAAUGUUUACUGGAACGAACUUGUCAUUCUCAUUUUUAUCUGGAUGGCGUUCCUUCUUCUGCAGAUUGCAAAGAUCCCAGUUUCAGUUGGAGGGUCUUUGUAUCAGGCAGAUAGCUUAUAUAAGGGAAAGAAGGUGAUUGCUUUAAUGGGAGUAGGGGGCAUGAAAUGGAAAAAGCAUCAGCUAAUAAUAUACUGUUUAACUGGUUUACUUUCUGGUAUGGUUGGUGAGCUUCUUCGUCUUGGUUCCAGCUUCAUUUUGGUUCCUUUCUUCUUGGAGCUUGGCAUUGCUCCUCAGGUCUCUAGUGCUACAGCUACUUUCAUCGUGAUGUUCUCUGCAUCCUUAUCUGCUAUUGAGUUUUACUAUCUAACGCCUUUUCCGAUCCCUUAUGCACUAUACUUCCUCUCCGUGGCAGCUACCGGUGGGUUUCUAGGCCAGCAUGUAGGAAGAAAGAUGGUCACAUUACUUGGGAGGCCAUCUGUUAUUAUUUUCGUUGUAGUUUUCAACAUUUUCGUGUGCACAAUUUUAUUAGGUGGUGUUGGAAUAGUGGAUGCCAUCGAGAAGAUUGAGCUAAACCAGUACUUGGGAUUUCGGAAUCUGUGUCAAAGACAUGCUUAGUACCCCUUCCG